AUGUUCUCCAAUUUUGUGACUGCAGCGAAAGGAUUAUUUGCGCGUCACGAGUCUGAAGACAUCCUCGCAGAUCCUGCUGGUGCCCCCGCUGCAACUACAUCCGAUAUGGUGACCGCUACCAGAAGAGGGACGGUCACGACCAAAAAGCCGAUUACCAAUGGUGCUGCUAAGCAAGGAAAGCGAAAGGCUCAGCCUGUGACUACAGAGAAGUCAAAUGACAAGCAGAACAAGCGGAGGAAGAGGAAUAGCCUGGAAGCCCAGGAUACGAUCAAUGAAGAUACCACACCCGAUGCUGUGACCGAGUCAGCUACAGACGAAGAAGAUUCAGCGCCCAAGAAGCACUUCCGGUUUGGCAGCGAGGACCCAGAAACCUCUGUUCCAGAGACACAGCCCGAGCCGGUUCCUGCGAAGCUUCAGCAGGAGGAAGACGAGGAUAGCGAUAGUGAUGAUGAUGUGCCUGAGACGAUUGACAAUUCUGCCCAACUUUUGAAGAUCAAGGAGCAGGCCAGGAAACAGGAGAAGGCAAAACAACAAGAGGAGCACUUGAAGAAGGAAAAGCGCCGGAAGCUCGAUGAGACCCGCAAGUUGCAAGCCAAGUCCAAACCCAAGGAGAUCACCGCCCCGAGCGAGGACCUUUUGUCCGAAAGCACCACCACCGUGCAAGGCGAAAGCACAGAAGAUGCCCGACGACGCACGCUGCCCGCUUUGCUCCCCGACGAUAUCCUGAACGCCGAGCCUGUCGUUCGUCCUCCGACGCCGCCCGCCGAAGAUAACUUUGGAUUUGCUAUUCCUAAGAAGUCAAACAAGCUCAGGUUCCUGGAGAAGACCGAGAAUGCCCCCAAAGAUGUGCAAGUGGGCGAUGUCACCAUUCGAGUGCUUGAUGCCCCGUCCACGAAACAAAGUUCGAAGCCCGCGUUGCCCCCCAAAGCUUCCAAGAGUGGGCGGGGUCUGAAGGAGGGUUGGCUCAAGCAACAAAAGAGCACAGCGCACGUCAACGGUCUACGGAGGACAGCGGGUAGCUCGUCUGGCUUCAAGCGUCGAUAA